UGUGUCUCUGUGUGUGUGUGUGUGUGUGUGUGUGUGUGUGUGUCUCUGUGUGUGAGUGUGUGUGUGUGUCUCUGUGUGUGAGUGAGUGUGUGUGUGUGUGUGUGUACACGGUCCUCUAGGAAGUCACAUCAUGGCUCGGAAUCGCACGGAUUCUUAUUAAUCGCAGGUCUGUUUAGAGAAAAGCUUUAUGUUCUCGUGGACAGCUCUGUAUUUCACGGAGAAGCGGACACCCGAAGGGUCUCGAAUACACGACGCUUUUAUCAGCUCCAGCGCGAAGCGGGAAAAUGGCAAUCGACGUCAAUUUUAUUACAGAGGAUAUUCAGCUCCGUGAAGCUGGUGGUGAAACUGAAGCAGAACUGGUCAUCUUACUACGGCCUCUUUGUUCCUUCACUGGAUCUCAUUUCACACAGUCGGUGUGAUCUCACCCAUAAAGGAAGACUGAAAACGUUUUUUUUUCUGUGAUCUGUUAAAAUGGUGUCGGGGUAUAGUUUUAGGAUUUGUAAAGGUCGCUUUGGGAAGCGAGGAGGCCAUUUAAAGUUUGCCCAUUACUUAUUGAUAAUAGUCUUCUGUAUCUCCCUGCUAGCAUUCCUCUUUAUUGAUGUAAUUGAAUUGUGGGUAACCUCGCUGGGCAUGAACAGAGCGAGAGUUCCUCAUGGAGUAGUCCUUCCACACAGCGUACCCCCGAGCCGCUCUGAAGAGUACUUGCUUAUGCCUAGCAUCCACGUCUGCCAGCGCGCCAAACCUUUCCUCAUCAUUUUGGUGACAACUGCACCUCGCAACAGAAAGGCCCGGCAGGCCAUUCGAGACACCUGGGGUGGGGAAGUACAGGUCAGGGGUCACCGAGUCAUGACUCUCUUCAUCGUAGGUCAGCCAUCUGACCCAGUUAUUGGCAAAGAAUUAAUAGAAGAGUCAAAGGAGCGUGGGGACCUCAUACAAGGACGCUUCGUGGAUUCCUAUGGGAACCUGACCCUAAAAACCCUGUCGAUGCUGGGCUGGGCACGCCGUUUCUGUCCACAGGCCUACUAUCUGGCUAAGGUGGAUGACGAUGUACUGUUCAAUCCCAGUGCACUGCUGCAAUAUCUCAACCUCAGCUUUAAAGCAGAAGAAAGUGAACUCCCUGAGCUUUAUCUGGGUCGGGUCCACAUGCAGGUAGCACCGGACCGUAAUCCUGCCAGUAAAUUCUUCCUGUCAGAAAGCGCAUACGCUGGCGUGGUCUUUCCUGACUACUGCAGUGGAACAGCGUAUGUUCUUUCUCGGCCAGCUUUGCUCAAGCUGUCACUAGCAGCUGUUUCCAUCAGUUUGUCCAAACCCUUGCCCCCAGAGGAUGUGUUUGUAGGUAUUUGCGCUCACACGGCAGGCAUUACACCGACGCACUCUCCACUUUUCUCUGGCGGUCCAGCCGUACCGUAUAGUCGUUGCUGCUAUCAAACUAUGGUGUCUGUCCACCAUACCAAGCCAGGGGACAUGGUGCACUACUGGACAGAAGUGCACUCCACUGCCCCGUGCUCAUGGCUGGGCAUGCGGACGUCUCUUGGAAUCUGUAAAAUAAGAGCCCUUCUCGGGAUGCUGUUGGGGACAGACUCGUGAAAUAAAGAUCUAUAAACCUGAGGAGCCUGGAGGAAGGUGAAGUAUUGUGGGAAAGCUUAAAAGCACAAAGGGUAUUAUUGGGUGAUGCUAUGCAACUAUGCUUUUUCCUGGCAUGUGCCUUUCAUGAUUCAUUUUUAUGCUCAAAGUGGCUGAUAUGAACCAGGGUAUUAUGAUAUUUAUAAUAAUUAUAAUGAUUCUUACGUGUUGUCGGUACUUAGCCAUUCAAAUUGUCUGGGUGAUUAGUUAUGAUACAUCCCAUAAAUCCCACUAGGAAAUCUUGUGAACGCAGACAGGUUCUGUCUGAUCUAUUGUCACUCAGGACACAAACACACACGUCUUUUUAGUAAAUAAAUGUAUGAUCUUUCAGCAAUAUCUCACUUGAUUUAAAUAUGCCAGCCAGUGUACACAAGCACUUUAUUUCCUCACUGUAAGCACUGAAUACUAUUUAAUAUAUAAUGUGAACAGGGCUUGGCCCAAGAAGGUCAAUAUUUCAUUUGGCUGACAAGAGUUUACUGAAGACUAAAUUUGAUUCAAAAUACGAUUAAUCAUGUAGCCCUAAUUUUUAACUCAUUUUAGCCAUAGUCAACUGACAUCAUUCCUAGGAGUUUUCAAGAUUAUAGAGAUAACAGUACCUUAUCAAAUGGUCUGCUAUUUGAAAGAACGAGUUCAGUGAUCAGCCUAUUUUUUUGUGCUGUCCAUCCUUUAGCACAGAAAUGCCUCCAUCAAGAUUUUGUUCGGUAUGAAUUGAUUUGAUUGGUUUAUGUCCCGCCUCUUGUUUUCCACCACUUAGAUAUAUCAAUGUGCCACAUCAAAAUAAAACGUGAUGAGUGUCAGUUAACAUAGUGAGUUAGCUUCAUGAAGUGAAAGACGUCUCUGUGUCUAUGGCAGCAGCGACCUACACGAAGUCCUCCCAUAAUUAUAAGGUUACUACAAAAGGUGAUUGUUCAACAACCCCACCGGUGAAGACCGUAAUUUGUGGGCCAAAAUCAUUUUUAAUGCGACCAACCUGGAUUUGAUUCCACCCUUUACUAAACUUUCUUAUCCUUUUUCAGAUUUAAUAUCAGGAUGGUGUAGGGUGGGCUUACAUUUUUCCAAUAGGAUGUCAUCCAUUUAAUAAUUAAAAUUAUAAUUGUCACUCAAUAUGUUAUUGCAUCCUGUUUUAAAGUGCAGAUAAUUGCCACUAUUUGGAAUGAGCAUACAUAGCAGAAAAUCUAUUAAAAUAGUGGAAAUGGAAUAAUAGUAAUUUGCAUUUUAGAGGUAUUCAUUCUUAGUUCAUGUUAACUAAACUUCUCACUGCUUUUAUUAUUUCCAUGCCACAAGUAUAUUAAAGAUACUUACAUAUUUUCUAAAUACAAA